GUGAAUUCUGUUGUGGCGGUAUCUUCAAACAAACAUUGCUUACGCGUCCAAAAAGCACCCACAGGGUCCUGGAAGAGAAUCGGAACAAUACGAACCACAGAUCUUGAAGUGAUGAACAAAUCCUUGAGUUCGAGAUGAAUGACAUUGUCAGUAAAGCUCAGUCAUUUCUCGAGACGCUGCAGAAGGCCUCUGGAAAGGACGUUGACCAGUGGGACAUAGAGGCUUUACAGCGGGCUGUCGAGUGGGCAAAGUAUUUUGAACAGGUUCACCAGAGGCUUUUGAACAGACCUCACAAAAUCCAACAGCUCAAUAGAGGGCUCUAUCUGAUUGGUCACCUUCCAGGAGCAGCUCUCAGCCAAUUGGAGGUCACCUUUGAAGCUCUUGGCCAAUCAGUAAGGCUGUUAUUCCAGAUAUUACUUCAGAACCCUUACCUCAGCUCUAGCCUACAUAAGGAAGUGAUAAGGCAGUACAGUCUACUAGGCCAAGGAGUUACUUCCGCAGUCGAUGCAAGCACGCCUCAAAAUGAAACGGGCAGCCCGGAGAAUCCAGAGAGCAAUAUAUUCAUAACGGACAUUACAAGAUUUGCCAAAGAAAAAGCAACACGAUUGUGCCUACUGCAGAUGAGAGAGAAACUAAACAAGGCACUUGCAAAUGAGCUGAACAUAGAAGGAAAAGAUGUUCAUCAAGUUGACCUGGAGACCAAUGCCCUUCUUCUGCGUAACCACCUGAUGCAUCACAUGACUGACAGUCAAUCUAAACAGAAGACCAUGGAGUACUUGAACAAGCACUUGCAGUAUGUAGCCAGUCGGACCAAAGGCCUGGAGAUAAUCGGGUCCAUCUUAGGUUUACCUGGAGCCGAAAGUGAGGCGGAAUCUGCUGCCCUCAAGCGAUGCGAGGAAUACGUCUUCAAUUGGAUGAUGGAGAACAGAGUCAAAUCAUCAGUCGAUGACAAUAUGGAAAAUGGAUGAAAAUCAUCUUUGGUAAAUACUCCAACAAAUUAUUGACCAUAAAAACUGACUUGGUGAGAGGCACUGCAUACAGAUGAUGAACGUAUCAAAGGAUUCCCUUUGAGGUAAUAUGAUUUGGAUAAGUUUCACCCAAUUUGAAUCUGAGAAAUGAUUUGUGCAUGAGUUUCCUGAGGGUUGGUGUCGACGCACAAAUGCUGCAGCAAGAGAUGCGGUUUGGGCCCGCUGUCAGCUAACUAAAUGUGGAUGGAUAUCGUAUAAAUGUGAUUGGGUUUUGCGCCCUGAACACCCGGCGAGGUAGAUAUUUAAUGGUAUUUCAAGAAAUGUUUGGCACAAAAUAGAAACUUUGAAUACAAAAAGUGUCUUUUUUAAAAGAAGUAGGUGUUGGAUUUAUUAAAUCCAAAGCUCCCUUAGGUUUUAACAUUUUUCUACCUGGUAGAUUUGUUGAGCUACAACUUAAUAUGUUUUUCAAUUCUAUGCCAAAUCUUAGUUUUAACAAAAAUAUAAGAGGUUACUGAUAGAAACAUCGAACACACGUACG